AUGGCGUGUGGGUGUGGCAGAACAAUCAGAGUAUUUGCAAACAAAUGGUUACCUGGGAAUAAUGGAAGCCGAAUCUUAUCUCCAAACAAUUCACUCCCUAGUACCUGCAUGGUGUCAGACGUAAUUGAUCAUGAUUCAAGGGACUGGAAUUACCAUUUAAUUGACGCUUCUUUUGCCCCUGUAGAGGCAAGCCUGAUUAAAGCUAUUCCCUUGAGCGCUCUGCCACAAAAAGACUUAUUAUACUGGCCACUAGAAAGGUUUGGAGACUAUACGGUCAAAUCCGGGUACAAAAUGCUCUGUGAAGAGAGCAGAAGAGAGGAAGCUGCAUCCUCAAAUCGGGAAGCCAGCAAAGCUUUGUGGAGAGGAAUAUGGAAGACGUCUACCCCAGGAAAGGUUAAACAUUUCCUAUGGAAGGCCUGUUCUAAUGCUCUGCCAGUAAAACUCAACCUAGUGAAACGAAAAUUUUUGGAGGAAGAUGUUUGUCAGCUCAUUGAUCUCUUUGCCACGACAGCUUGGUUUAUAUGGUGUAGAAGAAACAAAGUGCGCCUCAACGAACCAGUGAUCCCACUAAAUAAAAUUGCAGAUGAAGCUCUACACUACCUCAGGACAUAUAGAAACGGGCAUAGCAAAGAGAAGAGGAAGACACCGAGAGGUAAAAUAAAAUGGAGCCCUCCACCAUCUGGAAUGUUUAAGACUAAUUUCGACAGCGCGGUAUUUGAAGAGUCAGGAGAGGCAGGCAUAGGGGUGGUAAUUCGAAAUUCUGCAGGAGAGGUGAUGGCUUCCUUAUCUGAAAAAAUCCCACUUCCUGCCACGGUUGAAGCUGUGGAGAUGCUUGCUGCCCGUCGUGCAGUCAGAUUUGUGCAAGAAGUGGGGCUAGCUGAAUCUAUAUUUGAAGGUGAUUCUCAAUCUGUCAUCUUAGCCUUACAAAGAAAUACUAUGGUGAAUUCUGGUAUAGGUCAUUUAGUAAAAGAUGUAUUAUCAUCUGUAACUCUCUUCGGAGAUGGUCAUUCUCUCAUACGUAUAGGCAAGCAUUGGGUCGUGCAAUAUGGUCUCAUUGCUCGUGGUGCGGAGGUAGAUCUGAAGAGCUUCUCUUUGGUUAAGGCUCAUUUCAAUGGGCUAUCUUCCAAUGAGGCUGGCCUUGUUGCUAGUGCUCCUAUUGCCCUUCUCGUUUACCUUGGUCGGUUUAUGCCUAUGGUUCUAAUGGUUUUGCUUGUGAGCAUGCGAUGGACCGCAACAUAA